AUGCACCUCCAAACCCUUCUCCUCUCCCUAACCCUAACCUUCACCAUCCAAACAACCGCGACACCGAUCCCAUUCUCCCUCUUCACCCGCACCGCUGCCCUAACAGAAUCUCAACUCAUCGCAAUCGCCCCAACAUCCAAAUCCUGCUCCGACGCACCAGCAAAAGGCGAAUGCGCCACAGCAAACCAAGCCGCAAAGUACACCACCGAAGCUUUCGACACUUAUAAAGUAACCUCGAAAGCUGAGCAAGCAGCCAUAAUCAGCAUAAUGGCUUUCGAAAGUGGUGAUUUCAAGUAUAAUAAGAAUCAUUUCCCCGGUGUUGCCGGACAGGGCACACGCAAUAUGCAAUCCCCAUCCUACAACAAAAAAUACGCCUCCUCCCUGCCAGACCUGAAAGACAAACUCCCUAGCGUCAGCAACAACCCGGCAGAUCUACUCGAUCUCCUGCGCAACGACCCUGCUACAGACUUUGGUUCUGCUGCUUGGUUCCUUACUACGCAAUGCUCGAAGGAAGUGCGGGCUGCGCUUGCUGAUGGCUCGGAGACGGGGUGGCAGCGGUUUAUCUCGGAUUGUGUAGGGACUUCUGUUACUGAUGAGCGGAAGGAGUAUUGGGAGAGGGCUGUCAAGGCUAUUGGGGUUUAG